CGAGUCGUGUUUGGAAGUGGAAGUCCGUGCGUCGCGUUUCGUUCGUAAUUUUCCACUGGUAAUCCGGAUCGGAAACGGGUUUUAAGUGUCCUGGAAGGUGGACUAAGGUCCAGUGCGUUUCGGUACGUGCAGAUUUUGCAGCCAACGCCGUCGCAAUUAUAAGGAGCACCUGUGAGUCCCGGAAAAAAUUGGGGGCGGUAGCACCCCUUUUUUCGCUGCUUAUCGUCUGACAGGAUAAAGGAAAAGUUUUCCUCUGGGCCCCGCCCUGCGUCGCGUUUCUCCGUGUCCCUAGUUCGGUCGUGGUCCGGUGUACCAAUCUUGAGACGAAUAAGAUUGUUUCAAAUCGCGUGUUAAAGAAUAAAAUCUCAGGGGUCUGUGUAAAAAGUGGUUGUCCUCGCUAGGAACAUCAGCGUUUCUGUGAGUGUUUCAGAGCCCCCAGGGAGGGAUGAUUUCCGUUUAAGGUCGGGUUAGAAUCGAAAAGUGAUAAGUAUCAAGGAAAAGAAACAGUGAUUCUGGAUCAUCGGUGAAUUUCAUUAUUCUGGAGUGUGUUCUCGGUCGUGGAGUGGUUGGUAUAAAUUUAAUUGGAUCGUCCCGUUGCGAGAGUUGUGUGCGGGGAAGUAAGUGAGAUUUGAAAAACAAAAAAAAACGCCACUGAUGACCGUCUGCUGUCGGCGUGCAGCAAAUAUGUUCAGAGACACUCCGUUGCGUUGCGGCGUGGCCCUUCUGCUACUGCUAAGUGGCUUCAAUUGCUUCAAUGCCGUCGAGGCCGCCUCCAAGGUGGACGACUCCAAGGGGCCCGUCUUUCUGAAGGAACCGACCAACCGGAUUGAUUUCUCCAACAGCACCGGAGCCGUGGUGGAAUGCAGUGCCACCGGCAAUCCACCACCGGAAAUGAUCUGGAUCCGCAGCGAUGGAACGGCCGUCGGCGAAGUGCCCGGAUUGCGGCAGAUUUUACCCAACGGGAAUCUGGUGUUUCCGCCGUUCCGUGCCGAGGACUACCGGCAGGAUGUGCAUGCCCAGGUUUACGCCUGCAUGGCCAAAAACCAGUUCGGAUCGAUCAUUUCCCGGGAUGUUAACGUACGAGCCGUCAUUGCCCAAUACUACGAUGUGGACGUUAACAAGGAGUACGCCAUCCGGGGUAACUCGGUCCUAAUGAAGUGUCGAAUCCCGUCCUACGUGGCCGAUUUCGUCCGCAUCGAGUCCUGGCACACGGAUCAGAACCAAAGUUUCUACAUCAACUCGACCGAAAACGACGAGGACGGCAAAUACAUGGUGCUACCGUCCGGGGAGCUGCAUAUCCGCGAAGUGGGCCCGGAAGAUGGCUACAAGAGCUACCAGUGCCGGACCAAGCAUCGGCUGACCGGGGAGACUCGGCUUUCGGCCACCAAGGGACGGCUCGUGAUCACAGAACCGGUUGGAAGUGUGGCCCCCAGACUCACCUCCGGUGACGAAAGUCGAAAGCUAUUGGUGAAGUAUCGUGCCAAUGUUACCAUGCUGUGUCCGGCACAGUCCUUUCCGGUUCCGGUCUUCAGAUGGUACAAAUACAUUGAGGGAACAACACGUAAACAGGCCGUUGUGCUAGAUGACCGAGUGAAGCAAGUCUCCGGCACUCUGAUCAUCAAGGAUGCCGUGGUAGAUGAUUCCGGCAAGUUCCUGUGUGUCGUUAACAACUCGGUCGGUGGCGAAAGCGUUGAAACGGUCCUCACGGUAACGGCUCCGCUAGCCGCUAAAAUCGAACCUCGCACCCAAACCGUUGAUUUUGGACGCCCAGCCGUUUUCACCUGCAAGUUUUCCGGUAAUCCCAUCAAGACGGUCUCAUGGAUGAAGGACGGCAAAUCGCUCGGUCACAGUGAUGCCGUACUAAGGAUAGAGUCAGUCAAGAAGGAGGACCGUGGUAUGUACCAGUGCUUCAUCCGCAACGAUCAGGAAAGUGCCCAGGCUAGCGCUGAAUUGAAACUGGGAGGACGAUUUGAUCCACCGGUUAUCCGAGAGGCUUUCCCUGAAGAAACUCGCCACCCCGGACCAUCUGUCUUCCUGAAGUGUAUUGCCGGAGGUAAUCCUACUCCGGAAAUUUCUUGGGAAUUGGACGGCAAGAAGAUUACGAACAGCGAACGAUACCAGGUUGGCCAGUAUGUUACCGUUAACGGAGAUGUGGUUUCGCACUUGAACAUUAGUUCAAUUCACUCGAACGAUGGCGGUCUGUACAAGUGUAGCGCUAGCAGUAAGGUUGGCGUUGCCGAGCACUCGGCGAAGCUGAAUGUGUACGGUUUACCCUAUGUGAGGACCAUGGAGAAGAAAUCGAUUGUGGCUGGAGAGACGCUCAUUGUUACCUGUCCCGUAGCUGGUUAUCCAAUUGAAUCGAUCGUCUGGGAAAGAGAUAAUCGCCAGCUACCAAUCAACCGGAAGCAGAAAGUUUUUCCGAACGGAACGCUCAUCAUCGAGAACGUCGAACGGAAUUCGGACCAGGCCACGUACACCUGCGUUGCCAAGAACUCGGAAGGAUACACCGCCCGUGGAACCCUGGAAGUUGCUGUUAUGGUGCCACCGAAAAUUGCUCCCUUUUCAUUCGGAGAAGAACCCUUAAACUAUGGCGAUUCGGCAUUGAUUUACUGCAGCAUUACCUCCGGAGAUUUUCCCGUUCAAAUUGAGUGGUAUCUGAACGAGGUAUUGAUCGACGAUCUGGACCCAUUUUACAACAUCAACCAGGCGAACUUUGGCAAAAAAGCCAAGGCUCUGUCCAUCGAUGGGGUCAACGAACGACACGUGGGCAAUUAUACUUGCCGGGCUACGAAUCCGGCUGAGACCACGGCUUUCACCGCGGAACUUUUCGUUAAUGUCCCUCCUAAAAUAGCUCCCUUUAUGUUCGGCGAGGAAGCCCUUAACUACGGUGAUUCGGCGUCCGUUCAGUGUAGCGUUAUCUCCGGUGAUACACCGAUAAUGAUCGAAUGGUUGUUCAACGGAAUUCCGAUUGGAAAGACGAACUUUGCCGAUAACGUCAACAUUGCCGACUUCGGCAAACGAACCAAAGCCCUCGCCAUCGACGGUGUAGAUGCCCGAUACGCUGGCAACUACACCUGUAAGGCAACCAAUCGGGCUAGCUCGGCGUACCACACGACCGAAUUGAUCGUGAACGUUCCUCCCAAGAUUCUGCCGUUCAGCUUCGGUGGCGAUCCGAUGAACUUCGGGGAUUCGGCUUCGAUACAGUGCAGCGUCAUUUCCGGGGACGUGCCGAUCCGGAUCGAGUGGCUGCUGAAUGGGAAUGCGAUCAGUGCCAUCGAUAGUCUGACCGGGCUGAUUACCACCGACUUUGGUAAACGGGCUAAGGCGCUGAGCAUCGAGGGAAUCAAUUGGAACCAUGCCGGCAACUAUAGCUGCCGGGCGUCGAAUGCUGCCGGGGUGGUGGAAGUUAGCGAUGAGCUUAUCGUCAAUGUUCCACCAAGGUGGAUUCUGGAACCGACAGACAAGGCUUUUGCCCAGGGCUCCAAUGCUAAGGUCGAAUGCAAAGCCGACGGGUUCCCGAAGCCUCAGGUCAGCUGGAAGAAGGCUAUCGGUGACACCCCCGGAGAGUACAAAGAUCUUCGUUCUAACGAUUCUAGCAUCCGAGUCGAGGAGGGAUCGCUGUUUAUCAACAAUAUUCAGAAAUCGAACGAAGGUUACUAUCUGUGCGAAGCGAUCAAUGGUAUCGGAUCCGGGUUGAGUGCGGUUAUCCUGAUCAGCGUUCAAGCCCCGCCGGAGUUUACCGAAAAACUGCGAAAUCAGACGGCACGACGCGGCGAACCGACGGUGCUCCAGUGUGAAGCCAAGGGCGAGAAACCGAUCGGCAUUUUGUGGAACAUGAACAACAUCCGCCUGGACCCGAAAUCGGACAACCGAUAUACUAUUAGAGAGGAAAUUCGACCAGAUGGUGUCAUGUCAAGUCUUUCGAUCAAACGAACGGAACGAAGCGACUCAGCUCUUUUCACCUGUAUGGCUACCAACGCGUUUGGAAGUGAUGAUGCUAGUAUCAAUAUGAUCAUUCAGGAAGCUCCGGAAAUGCCAUAUGCGCUGAAGGUUUUGGACAAAUCUGGCCGUACGGUUCAACUCAGUUGGGCUAAACCCUAUGACGGAAAUUCACCAUUGAAGCGAUACAUCAUUGAAUUCAAGCGAUCCCGAGGUACCUGGGAUAACGAUGUCGAUCGAGUGAUCGUUCCGGGACAUACCAAUGAAGCUCAGGUUCAGAAACUGAGUCCGGCUACCACCUAUAACAUCCGAAUCGUUGCUGAGAAUGAGAUCGGUGUAUCGGAUUCGUCAGAAGUGGUAACGAUCAUCACGGCUGAAGAAGCUCCAACGGGCAAACCACAGGCUAUCAAAAUUGAACCGAUCAAUCAGACUACCCUCCGAGUGAGCUGGAAGGCUCCACCACGUGCCGAAUGGAAUGGUGAUAUUUUGGGAUACUACGUAGGAUUCAAGCAGACGUCCCACAACUCGUCGUAUAUCUACGAAACGGUCAACUACUCUCUGGAAGGUGGAGAAGGAAAGGAACAUAGUUUAGAGAUCAACAACCUUAAAACAUACACACAGUACACGAUCGUGAUUCAGGCAUUCAAUAAGGUUGGAGCAGGUCCAAUGAGCGAAGAAGAAAAACAAUACACUGCCGAAGGAACCCCUGAUCAGCCCCCAAGCGACACGAUGUGUACUACUCUUACCUCGCAAACUAUCCGGGUGUCCUGGGUGAGCCCUCCUCUGGAAUCGGCCAAUGGCGUUAUCAAAGGAUACAAAGUCGUCUAUGCUCCAAGUGAUCUGUGGAAUGAUGAUAAGAAUAAGGACUACAAAAAGACGGCCUCCAGCGAUACUGUUUUACAUGGACUGAAGAAAUACACCAACUACACCAUGCAAGUUCUGGCUACUACCUCAGGCGGUGAUGGCGUUCGAAGUGCUCCAAUCCACUGUCAAACUGAACAAGACGUUCCGGAAUCACCAACCGCAAUGAAAGCUCUCGUAAUGUCAGAAGGAUCUAUUCUGGUAUCUUGGCAGCCACCUUCGCAACCCAACGGAGUUAUUCUGCAAUACACCGUGUACAUCAAGAGCGGCGAACAGGAACCCAAAAACCACAAGGUACCUUCCUACCAAACGAGCUACGAAGCCUCCGGCUUAGAAAAGAAUCAGCAAUACGAGUUCUGGGUCACUGCCAGUACAAAUAUCGGCGAAGGACAACAAUCCAAAACGGUUUCCGCUAUGCCAAGCGACAAAGUUCCAGCCAAGAUCGCUUCUUUCGACGACACGUUCACUGCUACCUUUAAAGAAGAUGCCAAACUGCCCUGUCUAGCCGUUGGCUCCCCAACUCCAGAUAUAACCUGGAAGAUCAAGGGGCAGGAAUUCGUUCCCAACGAGCGCAUUCGUCAACUACCGGAAGGAUCCCUGUUCAUCAAAGACGUCAUUCGCCAAGAUGCCGGAGACUAUACUUGCACCGCCGAAAACUCGAUCGCUAAAGAUUCCAUCACCCACCGAUUGAUCAUUCUAGCACCACCGCAAUCACCUCAACUUACGCUCACUGCCACUACCACCGAUUCACUAGCAGUCAAACUGAAGCCCCACGAAUCGGACAGCGCCCCGAUGCAAGGCUACACCCUGCACUACAAACCGGAAUUCGGCGACUGGGAAACCAUCGAUGUGGCCCUGGAAGCACCCAAGUACACCAUCGAAAACCUAUUCUGCGGGCUACGUUAUCAGGUGUACGCCACUGCUUACAACUCCAUCGGAGCCGGUGAACCAUCGGAUAUUCUGAACACUCGCACCAAGGGAUCGAAACCACUGCUGCCGGAAAAAUCCCGCUUCAUCGAGGUGUCUUCCAACUCCAUUACGUUGCACCUGCCGGCCUGGAAGGACGGUGGCUGCCGGAUGUCUCACUUCGUCGUAGAACACAAGAAGAAAGACCAAGUCGAUUGGAAUCAAAUCUCGAACAACGUCAAGCCGGGAGGCAACUUCGUUGUGCUGGACCUAGAACCUGCAACCUGGUACAACCUCCGGGUGACGGCCCACAAUAACGCCGGCUUUACGGUAGCCGAGUACGAAUUCGCAACGCUCACCAUCACCGGAGGCACGAUCGCCCCGAACGCCAACUCGAUCCAGCCGGGCGUCGUUUAUCCCCCGUGGAUUCCCCACUGGAUCGAUCUGAACGUAAUGGUGCCUCUGAUCGCGACCAUUAUCGUGGUGGCCGUCGGGGUGCUAGUGAUAUGUGUGGCAAUCUCGCGACGCCGAGACGACGACGGACUGUGCCGCCCGAAGGAUGUCUAUUACGACGUGGUGUACAACCAAUCGAUGGGACCGGCUGGAGCUGCCACCCUGGACAAACGUCGUCCGGAUAUCCGCGACGAGCUGGGUUACAUCGCACCACCAAACCGGAAACUACCGCCCGUUCCGGGAUCCAACUACAACACCUGCGACCGAGUCAAACGCGGAACCGUCAUAAGCCAUAACCAUAACAAUAAAUCCAACCACUCCACCUGGGACCCUCGUAGGCCGUUGUACGAAGAGCUGAAAAAUGUUGGCCCCCCACUGCCAAGAAGAUGCAACCAUCCGCCGGCCUGUUACGGUAUGGAGGACGAAAUUUGCCCGUACGCCACCUUCCAUCUGUUGGGCUUCCGGGAGGAAAUGGACCCAACGAAGGCGAUGAAUUUCCAGACGUUCCCGCACCAGAACGGUAUGGGUGGACCCGGCCACAUGGGCACGAUGGGCUCCAACAUGGCCAUGCAGAUGCCGAACCACGUGCACUCACGCUCCGGAUCCCAAUCAAUGCCACGCCAGAACCGGUAUGCCAGAAAGAACAGCCAGGGAGGACAGAGCAGUAUCUACACCCCGGCACCGGAAUACGACGAUCCGGCGAACUGUGCCGAGGAAGAUCAAUACAGACGAUACACCCGCAUCAACUCUCAGGGAGGAUCGAUGUACUGCGGACCUGGUCCUGAAUAUGACGAUCCAGCCAACUGUGCCCCGGAAGAGGAUCAGUACGGAUCACAGUAUGGCGGCAACUACGGUACGCCAUACGAUCACUAUGGAUCGCGAGGAUCCGUUGGACGGCGUAGUGCGGGAUCACCCGAACCUCCGCCACCACCACCACGAAACCACGAUACUAGUAACUCGUCUUUCAACGACUCGAAGGAGAGCAACGAAAUCUCGGAAGCCGAGUGCGAUCGAGAUAAUGGCCCCCGGGGCAAUUAUAGCGAACCGGCCGAGGCAACGGCCAAAUCCACCGACGCUCUGAACACAGAGGAGACUGAAAAGUUGCUGAAAAGUAGAAACGAAAUCAAACCCAAGUACGCCAAACAAGCAGCCGCCGCCCCCGCAAGUGCAGGACUCACAGCCUACGAUACUAUGGCAGUGUAAUCUGUAAAGCGCUAACUAGCUAGCAGCAAGCAGCACAUCCGCUUCACGCGUAUCACCACGCCGCAAUAGUCUGAUGAUGGCGCAGCAGUCGCGUUGCGCCGCGCCUAAACGCACUAUCGAGAAGGCACAAAUCCAACAUAAACUAUCAACCAUCACAACCACCUAUUAUCACUACUACUACUACUACUACUACUAUAAUCAUCACUUCCGCGUAAUUAUCUUCCGUGUAUUUUGGCCAGUUGGAUAUCCCGUCGCUAGAUAGUUUCCUACCUGCUUCCUACCAAAUUGAUGACACAUAUGCAGCUGCUCCGGAAUGAAAAAUUACUGAUAUAUCACACAAAAUCCUGAAAAAAACAGCAGUCCUCGAAGACAGAUUGCCGCCGGCGGAAGAUCCGGACGGGUGACGACAUUGUCCCUGUGGCGAAAGCAGCAUUGAUAUCACAAUCAACAACGCAGAACGAUCACAAAAGGUUCCGGUUCCAUAAGAAAAAAAAAAGGGCGCUCUCUGGAGCCACCAUUGGAUUUAUCACCAUCAUUGGUAUAGCAGUGUGUCGAAUUGGCGAGGCAGAAAUUAAAUUCAUCCGUUGCUUUACACCAACCUACAUCAAACGGUUGGAAUUUGUACAAUGAUUUUUUCCCGUUUUUCGCUUUAAACAAUAAUAAUUAACUAUCUAUCUAUUCGGUGUACGUGACGCAUUUAUGAGAAUAUUUUAUUCAAUUGUACCGCCAUCGUGUGCUACAUUCGUAAAAAAACAUUUAAAAACCGCUAUAAAUAUAGUUUAAGUUUUACGUUUCUAGGAACGUAAAUCGCGCCAUUUACAUUUGUGAUCAAUUUUUUGUAGUAAGUUUUAAGAUUUUGUCUUAUUCGUCAAAGGAUUUGCCCAAGUCAUUCACAUAAAUUUGUACAUUUGCUUGAAGAUACAAAAUGGAAAGAAAAAAAAACUAUCGAAACCCUAUAUGAUAAAAGAAUACCAAAUUAUAUACAUAAAAAUACAUUACUGUAGACUUAAUAACAAACCCCUAACCAAGUAAUACCCAAAGCAGCCACUUACUGAACUCAGUCAAGCUACUAAAUAACUAACCGAUUCUUCUGGUAGAUAUCCAAUAGCCAAGUUAAUAAGAAAACUAUACUCCCAACAAUCGGGAAUGGAACCGGUUUGGCUGCUCGGUUGAGAAAAUUUCAGAUAACUGCUCAAAUUGAAAAAUAGCGCUCUUUUAAAAAUACAACCAUUUUCAAUCAACAAAAUUUAUAAUUUAGAAACAAACCUUCAAUUUUCCUGAUUUUUUUUUUUCUAAAUCUGAGUUUUGAAUUCCAAUCUAAAAUCUGAAUCUGAAUCCUAAAUCUAAAUGCUGAUUGUGAAUUCCGAAUCAGAAUUCUGAAACUGAAAUCUGAAUAUGAAUUUCAAAUCUGAAUUCGUAAUUCUGGAUCGUCGAUUCGAAUUCUUAAUCCAAAUUCUGAAUCUGGAUUGAGUAUAUUUAAACUGAAUUCUGAAUUUCGCGAAUUCUGAAUCAUGGAUCUUAAUUAUGAAUCUGAAUCUAAAUUUUGGAUCAGAACGCUAAAUCUAAUUUCUGAAUUUUGAAUUCAGAAUCUUAAUUCUGAAUCUGAAUUUUGAAUUCCAAAUCUGAAUUCUGAAACCUAGUUGUCUAAGUAAGUUUCUAUAUGAUAUUUCAAUUCAUUGGUUUUAAAUUAGGGCUGCUUUUCCCGCGCUGAUGUAAAAUUAUUUGAAUAUAUAGAAUAUAUACAUUUUUAUAGAUUGUCAAAUUCUCAACACCGAGCCAGCCGAAACGAUUCCGAUAUUACUCAACCAACACCUAAACGAUGUAAAACGACUAAAAUACGACUACUGCUAAUCUUCAAGUCAACAGUUUGCUCUAGCUAUAUACCCCUCUAAUUCAAAAUUAGAACAUUUUAAACGAAAGCAAACCCGAAACAACCAGAUAUUCAGCCCAUUUACGACACACCAGAAGAAUGAAAAUUACAGUCAAAUACCGAAAACAGCAACAGCAGCAAAAUCAAUCAAAUGUUUCCAAAACUAAGAAAAAACGAUGAUGUCAUAACUAUAGUAUGUGUGUCUGUUGCCAGUAAAUACAAGAUAGUAUAGGUAUCAUUCAUCCAAUCCGCUAGACUAAAGCUAAAGGUUGAAAAAAAAAAAACUAAUGUAAUAUGAAAUGCUAAAAAAAGUUUAAAGAGUCGAGUCAAAUGCUGGAAUCAGUUAGUCAGUCGCAGUCAGUCAGUCAGUGUCAAGUUGAAAUGUAGAUUACAAACAAAGCGAAAGGAAACUCGAAUAGAAUUGUUGUAGCGUUUGUGUCGCAGAGGCCAGCAGCAGUAAAGUUACAGUACAGUCCAGUAAAAUUAUUAAAUAAAAAACAGUAAACAGUAAAAACGAACGAACGUUGAAAGAGGGGCAAACGGAUUGGGAAGAAAAACGUUACAGAACUCUUUUCCCUACCAAUACGGUCCAGAGUGGGUGGUUUGCGAGAAAUGUGUAAGAAUCCGAAUUGAACGAGAGGGGAGUUAGAACGACGCCCUAUGGUAGUCGUGGCUAAACGUACGCGUUGUGACAGAACGAAAAAGAUGAAGAAGAUGAAAAAAAAAUCGAUAGGUGUUCUCUGGGAGACAGUAGCAUUGAAAUUAAGCGAACAAUUUAGAAUUAUUAUUACAAUUAAACUAUACAUAUACUAAAUAUAUAUAUGGUACAUAAGGAAACAGCAUCAGCAAAAAAAAAGGAAAUCAAAGCAAAACUAAACUGUAACAACUGAAUGGUGUAAUUCGUCUUCGUCCCCCAGCAGGAUUGUAUUGUGCACAAACAAAGAUGGAAUCGCGACGAAAAGGGCGCUAUCAGACAGGGGAUUAUGUUCUCUCUAAAUGAAACCAUCACACAUACAGGUCAAAUUCCGAGAAAAAAACACCAAACGGACAUAUUCGAUUGGAGUGUUUGAGUGGAAUGGAGAAAAUACUCAGUUUGAUUUAAUUUUUAAAAUAACAAACGUUUGCUAGGGUUAGUUUAAAGCAAGUUUUAUUUUUUUUACCUUAUAGUUUAUAGGUUAGAAAUUCUAUCGUUAGUUUGUAGAGAACACACACACACAGGUCAACCAACAAAAAAAACCCAAGAGCUUUAAUUUUUGCUUCCAAGCGAUGCAUAUCGGAAUGUGUUUAUUUAGAUUGUAAGCGUGUGCAAAUUAGGUUUAGUAGUUUAUACUUUUUUGUGCUGUUUUUUUGUGUGCUGAAAUUUACACACUGUUCGGAAAACAGGCAGUUGCUGACUAAAUAGUUGAUCUCUGCUCAAUUUUUUAUAGACGAAAAUCUAACGGAUUCAGUAGUACAAUUCCACAGGUAUGAGGUUCAGUCGUUGGAACGGUAAACAUGAGCUAUUUAAAAAACCACCAAAUUCGAACAUACAGGGCAACAUUAAAUUGCAUCACGAAAAAACGCCUUAUAAAAUAAUUGACCUAUAUUCUUCAAACCUUAAGCAAAUUAGAUAUAAACGCUUAACGCCCCUCAUCAGGCUAUGUAAACCAUCUGGUGUUAGCGUUUUCUGUUCGGAAACCCACUUUGCUCUAUGUUUCACUCAGAUUUGAACUCCUUGGGAAACUUCCAUAACAGCCUAGUAUUUUAGAGGGUGUCAUGUCCGUGGAUACACUUCAGAAUAUAGUAGCAUGAAGCUAGAUCCGACCAGAAGAUCUUAGGGCCCUCGUCUGGUUUAAAAAUGAAGAGGUAGACACUUCUUCAGUGGGACGUCUUCCCAUUUACAGUGCCGCCUCACUCCGUCACUUACCUUCUCCGGAACAUAAGAAUCUGUUCUCCGAUCCCAUCUAGACCAGAUGAAAAUUUGUUUCAUCGAUGAAUCUUCAGCAGCAGUGCUUCCAAUUCCAUUGACCAUCCUGACGGAUGAGUUUGGUCUUAAGGACUUGAAUACUCGUCGCCAGAAAUAUUAUAUUCGAACCUCAGUUAAGAUAAUUAAACCACGUGUGGACAAUUAAGGAAAUGCGUUUAUUCUAAUUGAAGACUAACUAACGAGUGAAAAUUUUAUUUGUUUCCCAAGCAACUACAAAGCUUAGGCUAACUAGAUGUGAUUCGCUAUCUCGGUAGCACGUGGUAAAUUUAAAUGAUACAACUUACCGUUGACUGCAUGAUUUUAAGUUUGUGGUCAAUGUCCGAAUGGGAAAGUUAACGUUUUUUCAGGUUUUCAUUUCGAGUGACACUCUAAACUAUUUGUACCAAAAUUUUGGUUAAAAAAUACCCAUUGGACGAUAGGUUUCUUUCGUGAUGGGAUUUAAUGUGCUAAUUUUUUUUUCUUUGCAAUACAAAACAUACAUUAUUAUUAUUCUCAUAAUUUGUGGCAGCUUAUGAAAUUUAGUCAUGUGAAAAAUAAACCUUUGAAUUCAGACAUGAUUAUUCUUAUAAUCUAUGGCAGCUUGUGAAAUAUAGUCAUUUUAAAAUUUAGUCUCCAUUCCACCAGCGAAGAAAAAAACCCAAUCAAUACCCCGUCACUGGUAGAAAUCGUUGAUCGUAGAGAGAGAGACAAAAUUAAAUUUUCAAGGAUAGCGAGCAGCAUUUAUAUUAAAUAACACGAUAUCCUUUUUGCUAGGUAUGUUUAUAUAAUAACUAAUAUUUAAAAAAUCAACUACAAAAUACUGUAAACGAUUAUUAUAUACUUCCUACUCAAGUAACCGCUACAAGUAAAAAAAACAAAAGUAAAAUGCAUACAUGAGAAACAUAAGAAAACAAAAAAAACUCUUCAACUCAGUUAUAUAAUUAUAUAUAAAAAAAAAGAGAAAACAAAAAGUAAACAAGGCAGAACGUUCUCAAUAAAACGAUGAAUCAAUUUUGUAAUUUAUUGAAAAUAGUCAAGUAAGUAAAUAGGAACAAAUUUUUAUAACGCUGUGUGAUGUGAACUUUUUUCGAUCCAACUCAUAUUAAAUUUAAACAAUCGAACAAACUCAAACAAAAAACACCCGAUUGCAGAAACUUCGAUAGAACCACACGCAUAUUUAUUGAACAUAUAUACGAUCGAUUUCAAGUCAAACUUUCUGUUCUAAUGUGUAUGAACGAAGGAUCCCUUUUUGUAUAAAUUUUACUUCUUUUCGAAAGCUACGGAUAGUUUCCUUUAGAGAACCAAUUUUAAGAAAAGAUCUGAAACAAAGCGAGAUUUACACUGAUUGAGCAACUUAUUUAAAAACAGCAGACGAAAAUUAAAUACAAUCUGCAGUAAGGCAGUAAUAAAACUGGAAAACUAAAGACUAUUGCGAUCAUAAAUUUUACUGAAGCUAAAUUAUGUAUAUGAACAAGUGAGGAGAGACAAAAAAAUCCAAAACCACAAGUUAAAAAUCAUUAAUGUAAUCCAUUUGGAAUCGAGGCAGAACAAAAUACUACAUACGAAACCAACCAAAUAAUGGAAUUAAAAACGAAAGAAAUUAUACUGCAAUGUUUUUCCACCUAAACAAAAUAGCAAAGUUACAGUGUUAAUUGAAGAUAAAAAGUAAUGCAAAAAGUAUAUAAAUUUAAACAAACAAACAAACUUUAGAACUAAUCUUUGGGACUUGAACGGACGGGAAAAUAAUGUGAAACAGAACGUUUCGGAAGCAAAACUAAGAGGAGAGCCCACAGUGAGAAGAAAAAAACCUUGAGAACUGAAAAAUCAAAUCGCAAAACUAUUUCGGUUAAAUUUUUUAACUGUUUCGGACGCUUUUUGCUGAGUACAGUCAAAUACUCUUUUUUUUUCAUAGACGAUUGAAGAGCUGUGCUUAGUUUUUUCCAACCGUAAACGGCAGAGGUCUCACAGUGCCGCCCUAGGGAACGUUCGACUGAAAUGAACAGUUUCAAUCGUUUGUGUUGAGUUUACAUAAUUUGAAAUGGAAACUAAACCAGAGUUUUAAUUUCUGUUUCAUUUUGCUAAAAGCAACUAAAUUGCGCGCAACCAAAGUAGCCUUUGUGCCAUCAUAUUAAGUUCAAUAUUUUCGCUUUAAGUUCAUGCACUUGCUCUAGGCAUUGAUCCUAUAUACUAGGAAAAGCCCAUCAUUCAAUGGACCAAUAGCUCUCAAAGAUGGGACACACGAUACCCUCCUACACUUGUAGAUUAGAUGCCAGAUGUUUGUUCCGUGGAAUCUGUUCGAUUGAAAUUUCCUUUUUUUCGAUUUUUUUUCUCAGAAAGCAACAAAUUACUCAAAUCAAAACACACGCAAAGGUGUACAAAUUAAUAGACGUAUUCCGGUUUAUUUAGUAGCAAAGGAAGAAGAAAAAAAUUAUAACAAAACAUAUAUUUUAGCGUCCCUUUUUAGUCUAGCUCUAUGAUAAAAUUACAAAAAAACGAAACGUUAAAAAACAUUCAAUGAAUGUCGAAGGUAGACAUUUUCCAUCCCGAAAAUUGCCACUUGUAACACUGUAACCAGUGUGUAACCUACAUUGAUGUGCUUGUCGAGAAAUUUGAAAACCUCAUCGAUCGCGUCUACCUUCCGAUUCAAGUUUUUCCCCAACCAAUCUUGGGGCUUCUUUCGAUUUAGCGAACAGCUGCUCAACUUUAGUUUUGCCCUCGAUAUUGUACGUUUUCUUUAUUUCGAACCAGAAAAGAAUUCAAAUUUAGUGGAAGAAACCCCGAGAAUCAUUGAAAUGAAUGGAAUGGAGAACCUUCAAUUGAAUGUAGUUAUACUUGCUCGCUUCACUAUAGGAACUAAUAAAAAAACAACUCAAGAUUGCAAAAAAAAAACAUACAAGACGACGAUAGAAAUCAUCGUAGAAACUAUCUACCGCAAACGUAAAUAUAAUAUUUAGGCAAGGAAUGUAACGUUUUUUCGUCUUCUGACAUAUAAUGAAAAACAGCAAAAAAAAUAAUUAAAAAAUCUAUCCCAUCAGCUUGAGAAAACGAAGCAGACGAAGAUGACGAAGAGAAAAAAGAAUGAUACAAAACAAAAAAUAAGAAAACUGAUAAGCAACAAAUUAAAAACCAACAAAACAGACGACGUAAAAUAACAACACUCAUACUACGGUACAUACACCAAGUCAACCAAUACACAUACAUGCAUACAUAACAUACACACUCACACACAUGAUCGAAACUGAAUCAUUAUGAUAUAAAUUCAAAAAUUACUAAUAAAAAUAGUAAAAUUUA